GGAAAGGCAAUUUACACUUCAGUACUCUUCACUACCUGUGUAACUCUCUCUUCUCCGACCACCUGCUUCAACCCCUUCUAAGGGUCAUCAUCUCCGGUGUCGCCGUUGCUGCAUACACCCGCACCGCUUGACCACCUGCUCCUGUGCACGACCAAAUUAAACGUGCCCGUCUAUCGGGUCGUGUCACACGCCGCAUCCCUGAUUCCUGAUUCUCUUGGACCUCCAUCUGCUAUUCUCUCUCGUGCAUAUACCUAGCCUUCUUGCACUUCUAGCACUACCUGCUCUUCCCACCUACUCGAACCGAUGAACAUCUUCAGAGGGAUCCAGGCGCGCCUGCCGAGUGGCUCCUCGGGCUCCACCACUCCCAACAGCAACGGGAGUGGGGCUGAUGACCGCCCACCCGAGGGUUCAGACCCAGACGACACCUCCUUGCUAGACGAAAAGCAGGGGUCGAUCGUUCUCUCCCUCAUCUCCCAGCUGAGGAUCGGGAUGGACCUGAGCAAGAUCGCCUUCCCUACCUUUGUUCUCGAGCCCCGUAGCAUGCUCGAGCGCAUCACGGACUUUAUGACCCAUACGGAGAUCCUGUUUGGAUUGGAGAACGAGAGCGAUAAGGCGGUGAGGUUCGAGAGGGUCCUGCAGUAUUAUAUGCUUGGGUGGCACAUCAGGCCGAAGGGGGUGAAGAAGCCGUAUAACCCGACCAUAGGCGAGAUCUUCCGAUGCAGGUACACCUACACGAACGGCACUGAGGGAUUCUACGUUGCGGAACAAGUAUCACACCAUCCCCCCGUCUCGGCAUACUUCUUCCUCUCCCCGGCGAACAAGAUCCUCGUUGUAGGCGAGCUGCGUCCCAAAUCGCGUUUCCUAGGCAACUCGGUGCAAACAAUCAUGGACGGCGAGAACCGGAUCACCCUGCUGGGCACGGAUGACGGCGAGUACAUCAUCUCACUGCCCAACAUGUUCGCGAGGGGGAUCUUGUUUGGGAAGCUGGUGUUCGAGCUGGGGGAUACCAUCGAUGCGAUAAACGAGAAGACGGGGAUGAGUGGGUCGGUAGAGUUUAAGACAAAGGGUUUCUUCUCCGGGACUUAUAAUGUUGUGAAAGGCCAGGUACAGCAAGACAGAGAGACAAUAGGCGAGAUUUCGGGCAAGUGGAGCCAUCAUCUCGAGUAUAAGGAUCUCAAGUUCGGGAAAACACGCGUCUGGUUUGACGACGCGACCACCACGAGUGAGGAGCUCUCCCGGCCCACCUGUCAUCCAGAAGAACAUCAAGAACCGAACGAAUCACGACGGCUGUGGUCGGGUGUCACGCGCGGGAUCCGCGCAGGCGACCAGAACGCGGCACAGGAGGCGAAGACGAUCGUAGAAGAUAAUGGGCGGAAGUACGCACGGACGCUGGACGAGCAGGGGGCGACGCAUAACUCGAGGUUCUUCGAGUUUCGGGGAGGGAAAUGGCAUGCCAAGUUUGUGCUGCCGGAGAACCUUGAGGAGGCGAAGUCCAAAGUGCAAGAGUGGAUCUGGGCUGACACCCCAGUCAAGAAGGCCACAUAAACCUACCCUUCUACGUAUUUGUCCAUAUCAUCCAUGUCUCUCCACUUCCACACUCCUGCAACACCACGUUUGAAUCAAUUACGCAAGUCAAUCAUCCAUCACUUCACGGCACUGCACCGCAGAGGAAUUGCACUUGGUGCUACGCUAGCGUAUCAAGCUCAUAUAGCAGUUGUAAUAUUUCCUAUGACAUGCGGUGAUCUGAU